GAGAAUUAACCAACAGAAGAGAAGAAAGUGUGUGUAUGUUAGUAAGGGAACAUGGGGGCAGUCUGCCAGAGAGUGAUAACCCCAGCUUAAAUCUCAGCCCACAUUACCUGCACUUCUACACACUCAUUAGUACACACGCAUGCGCACACACUCAGCUAUGAUGGACUGUAAACUGAGCAGAGCAAAGUGACUUCCCUCCAGUUUGUGUUAACCAAAGAUCUGAUUGCAGCCACAAACUAUUGCUCUUUGUUUCAGAGUCAGUAUGGAGGAGGCUGACCUAUUACGAGGGAGACUACAGGCCAUCACAGAGAAAAGAAGAAUACAAGAGGACAUUGCAAAGAAACGGAGAGUGAUUGAGGAAGAGAAAUUAAAACUUCAGUAUCUAAAGAAAAAAGCCUUGCGAGAGCAGUGGCUCAUGGAUGGCCUGAGCGGUCAGAAUGAGCAGGAGGAAGAGGCCAUGAGGGCACAGGCUCAAGAGGAGCAGCAGCAGGCCACAGUCUUGCAACAACAAAUCCACAGAAUAGAGCUUGAGAUUGAGGACCUUGAAACAGUGGAGAUGUCUAUCUCAGCAAAUGAAGAGAUUAUUUUAAAGCGACUGAAGGAGGUAGAGAGGACAGCUGAAGACAUUAUAAAGGGAGCUGCAGGUGGCAAUCCAGAAUCUGGUGGUGGCACAGAAGUGAAUGACACUUUCUUACCCAUUGAGAAUCAGACACAAACAGAACUUAAUACAAUCUCCAAGUCAGUCACCAUGGAGACAAGUGAGCAAUCCAACACAGAAAACAUCCCAGACUAUGAGAUGGACAUCCAGGAGACCACAUUAAUUGAAAACCAGGACACAAGCGCUGAAGAUGAACAGGCUUGCAAUGAUGAUAUUCUUUUUGAAUCCCUGAGUGCCAAAGUAGCUGAUGCCAUUUUAGCAGAUUUGCCUCCCACAGUGACAAAUGGUGAUGAAUUUGAAGACAUGCCCUCCCCGAAAGAAGCUUUAGUAUUGGAGGACACAAAUGGUGAGCUAAAUCGCAAUGAAUCUAUUACCUCGUCUGUGUCUGAUACACCAUCUAGUGCUGAGAGCAUGUAUGAGAAUGAGGCCAUGCAAAAAAGACAGGAUUCAGUGAAAGAGGAACCGAGGAAAAAUAUUGUGACUGUAAUAGAAGAUGCCGAGGAUGUUGAUAUACUAAAUCCAUUAAAAGCAGAAUUCCAUGAGGAUAUCCUAGAUGGCUUAGGCUGUGAAGUAGACGAAUGCAUGUUGGAAUCAUUCAUCCGGGAAGAAGUUAUGUCAGACAUCUCAAAUGAGUCUGGUCAAAAUCCUGAAGAUUUGGAGGAAUGUCUAUUGGUAGAAAUUGCUGCAGCAUCAUCUGACAGUGAGACAGAUGAGAAAUGGAGAACAAUAUUUUCUUCCUCUAUUAAUAAGGAGGAUGAUGACUCCUAUCUUGACAGCCUUCAGCUAAGUGCACAAGAGCUAUUCAUUCAAAAGCCAGAAGUGAAGACUGUUGAAAACCAGUUAGAUGCACAGGAUGAGCCUGAGCAGGAUAUGCCUGUAGAGGAUGCUGUGUUGGAGCAACCUGAAAUUUCCCCAACUUAUGCCCUGCCUACACAAGAGAUCUUGUAUAAUCCCUCUACACUAUUCCAUGGCUUGUCCAAAAUAUCUGAGGAUGAAGAGGAGCUCGGGAAGGGUUCUGUAAAUCAUAAAGAAUUUUCAUCUACUUCUGUCAAGUCAGACUCAAACAAGAAAAUACCAAAAGAUUAUUGUGUGAUUCAGGAGAUGAAGAGUGAAAAUGUCAGCACAGAGCACGUGGAUUUCAGAGUUGCACGCAAUCAGUGGCUGCAGAUGGAGGAGCAAACAAAGAACAUCACACAUCAUCCAGUCCUCAGGACUGGGACCUGCCAGGGCAAUCACAGCUACAUGUACACACCAGUGCGCAACAUUGACAGACAGAAGAGGGAUGCCGAAUUAGAGAAUUUAGCACUUGGCAGAGACUACCAACAUGCCCAGUUUAGCCCCUGCUCAGAAGAUUCAGGAGUAGAUGAUUCUAGUUUCAGGUCACCUUAUGAUGACCCAGAAACCCCAGUAGAAAAAGAAAUUCGGUCUGUCAUGGAGAAAGAGGAAAUCCUGAAACGCGAAUGGGCUAUGUCCAAAUCAUACAUAAGUGACUGUGUGCCAGGAAAAGGAAAACCUGUCAUCUUGAACCCUGGGAAAUUAUGUCAAGAGGUUGACGAGAAGAGAAAGAUGCUUGACCAUCAGGAAGAUGACUGCAGAUUAUCCUCCAGCACCCAGAUGCCAUCGUUCAUCAUUACAUCCUCCCCAACAAGAUCACAGAAGCAUGAAAUGGCAGCCAACAAUGUCAUUAUCCUUGAACCUGAAUCUUGCCAUCAAAGUCCACGCCAUUCUGGAAAGCUGGUGACAUCUAAAUCUGCUGACUGGAAAUCAGAGGAAAACCCCAGCGUAAUCAUACUGGAAACAUCAAACCUAAUUAUUCGAAGUGCAUCAGAGUUAAACCUAAACUCUGUCUCUGUGGUACAUGAAGAGAAAACCUUUCUCAAUAACCCGUUUUUCAAGUUGCGGUCCCGGAGCUCCCUCUCUCUGGUUGAUGAAGAGAUUAAGAUGGUAAAGCAACGAGAGGAGGAACUGAAAAGACAAAGAGCAAGCCUUUACACUAAAGAGAAUUUUCUUGCUUCUCCAAAUCUCCUGGACAACCCAUUUGACAAACAAGAUGAUAUCCCUAUCAAAUGUAAAUCAUCCCCCUCAUCCCCUAUGAAGACAUAUAAGAUGGAUCGAUCAACACUAUCCUGUGAUAACAGAUUCCCUGAGGCCUAUUCUGGUGGUCGUCGUAAAAGUGCCAUGGCUCUGCGGUGGGAAGCAGGGGAGUUUGCAAAUCACUAGAGAGGAACAGACUAGAUCUCAAACAGUAAUUAUCCAUGUUCUUUGUAAGAAACUUCAAGCAGUGUUACAGACUGAUACUGAUUUCAUCAUAAGCACAUGCUGUUGCUUGUGUGAUAUUUGCAGCUUUUCAUUCAUGUUCUCUCAAAGGCAGGAGAUCUGAGGGCUUGCCAUAAUGCCUGAAUGUUAGCUAAAUUGUAGUUGUUCAGUCUAUGCUUGUUCUUGUCAUAAAUGUCCAGAAAGAUUUUAAACAUAUUUUAUUGUAAUGUCUUAGUACAGAGUUCAGGAAAAUGUGUCCUGUAUUUUCAUACUGUAUUUUCCUGUAAGUUGAUUUAACCCUUGGCUAUACUGAAAUAUGUGACACUAUAGAGAUUACAUUGGCUAUUUCUGCCUCCAAUCUGCACUACAGUGAAGCCAACCUAAGAGAUUUCAUUAGUAUACUGACUUCUGCUGCCCUUUUACCUGAAAGUUAGUAUUUGUUACAAUACAGGUGGUCUUUUUAUGACAAGAUCAUUACCUUUUAAUAUAGCUAUUAUAGAGACCCAAAAUGAGAGAGAGAGUAACUUGAAUAUUGAACACUGAUAUUUAACUGCUUUAUUGUGUAAAUGGAGAACCCAUUAUGUAAUGCUUUCCUAUUUGUCUAAAAACAUAUUUGUAUGCUCAUGUGACUCUGUUUUAGUCUAAAAGUAUUAUGGCUAUAAAGUAUUGCUAGUUUGUAUUCAGGUACGCCACCAUUAAGUACACAUAUGCAUUGCUUUUUAUCUGAGAAAAGAAUGGAAAAAAAAACACUUGAGUUGUUGAUAUUUAAAUUAAAACAAUAAAUUGAAACGAGCAUCGAAACAAAAACAAUAAACGAGAAAAUAUGA